UCUACACACACAUAACACAGCGAUCCACACACACACACACACACACACACACACAGAACACAGCGAUCCACACACAGGCACAGAGUGGGCAGCGCGUUUAUAAUCAUAAUCAUACUCAUAACCCUAAUUGGUGUUUUUAUUGUCGAUAAGGAUGUCGGGUCGCUCUGCUUGUCUGAUAUUAAUCCUCGUGUUUCUUCAAUCAGGUUCCUCCAAUACCAAGAUUGAGAUCUGGAGGUCUGGCCGAAUCGAGCCGGGCGAACGUCUCCGGCUCAGCUGCUCUUUUUCGGGUCAGGACCAGAUAGCGCAGAUAAACUGGGUCCGAGUCAGGGGCUCCAACGCCACGGUGCUCGCGGUUUACCACCCGGUCUUCGGGAGCUCCGUCUCCGGCGAUGACAGCAGCGUGUCGCUGCAGGAGGACUCCGAGUCGCAGGUUACGCUCACAAUCAGAGGGCCGGACCGAGACCAGAACCAGACCGUGUUGUACUGCUGCCGGUUCAUUACAUUCCCGUCCGGCACGCUGGAGGGCUGCAUCAGCGCCGAGGCACCCGAGGAGCCAUCCACCGAUGCGCUGAGCGCUCAGCACUGGUCGAACUGGAUCCUGAUCGGAACCGGAGCUGUGCUCGCCGGCUGUCUGCUCACAGUGACCGUGGCGGCGCUCAGGAGAAGCCGGGUUUACAGGAAAGGCUUAUUCGAGGUGGAGCAAUCCUUCAUCACGGACAGCGAGGAAUCCGAGCCGCUCCCAGAAGUGCCAGCCUCGGAGCAGCCGGACAGCGCGGGUUCGAAGGUUUACAUCAUGAUCAACACGGAUUACUACCGCUUCCAAGCAGAGCGCGGGGGGGCCGGUCUCGACCAUCAGUACGACAACCGCAUAGCGCCCCCUAGCGGCGAACAGAUGAACCGCAGGAUAUAUUAUCUGCUGGGGGAGAAAGUGCUCGGGAAGACCAUCACGAAACUGCUGGAGCAAUGACUGCUGGAAGCGAGUUACAGCGCCCCCUGCAGGUGAACCUGAAGAACCGCAACAUGUAUUGAACGAAACUUAAACAAACUGGACAGUGAAGCGGGUCUGAGUUGUGAUCGGGAUCCAGCAGGGGGGGCAGGGUGUGGGACCGCCCCUGGUUCUGAGGAAGGCUUUUGAGCACAGAGAUGGCUGAUCUUUGGAAGAAUUUAUUUAUCAAAACAGAGAUCCUGGGACACAGCGGGUUGGAAGUGAAGAUUUCAAUGGGCACGUUUUUGAAAGGGCCUGCGUGCAAUUCUCUCUCUCUCUCUCUCUUUUAUUUUUAUAAUGUAGCUUAAGUAGCGGAACCCUUCCUUUUGUAUAUUUCUAUAUCUGAAUGCUUCUUUUUUGGAGUUAAUUAUUUUUUUAACAUUCAAGUGAAUGGAAUAAAAUAGUUUUUUCUUGA